GCCUAGCAAAACUUGCUCUUCAAUUGGCAUCACAGAAAGUGUUCCUUCCACAGCAGGUUUCCCGUACUGGAGAUAAAAUAAUUAUCUACGAAACACUUUUUCUUUUUUCAUCAUUUCAGCGCAUUCGUCUUUACCAAAUCCUCCCAUCAACAUCAUGUCACGCCAAACAUUUAUCGAGAGUCAUAUGCUUACGGAUGUCGAAGCACAGUCCUCACUAUCUACCGGAUGCCACAAAGUCCUCUCCAGAGAAGAAUGGUUGAAAUUCAAACCAAUCAUACAACAAUUAUAUAUAGACGAGAACCAGACAUACCCUACUGUUGCUCGUGAACUCGAAAGAAGAUUCGACUUUUGCCCUACAAAACGUCAAUUCACACGGAAGACUGAGGAAUGGGGUUUGAAGAAGAAUUUCAGGAAGGCGGAGAGGAAGCUCCUUCUUCAAAAUGACAGAAAAAGCGGCACCGCGGAGGUUAUUAUUGGAGACAGACGUGUGUCGGAUCCCAAAAGGAUCCAAAGGCUGAAGAGAAGAUAUGCACAUGAAAGCCCAUUGUCUCAAGAUCUCUCGUAUCAAGACACCAAUAUCCCACUGGAAUCUGCUGGGCCGUAUUCCUCACUCGAAGAGCAACUAUCUAUAUUAGAUUACCCAUAUGGAACUACUUCAAUGGAUGAGGUACCUCAAACCCUAGGUGUUACCGAGGAGAGUAGCGCUAUGGAUCUGGAACAACUACCGUUCAGUCGAGAAAGUGAUGUUCAUGGAUCUCUCGGAUUGGCUCGAUUGUUUCAACGGUUGGAGAUUGAAGCCUCUAUGCCACCGCUAGAUCUGGAUGACGAAGUCAUGGAAACUAAACAGACUGUCUCCGGCAAUGAGCUUCGCAGCGAUAUAGAAUGCUACGGAAGAAUAACUAGACCAAUAUCCGCCCUCUCUAGCCAAAUAAAAUAUGUUUACAUACCUAACACUGUGGUAAAACCCGCACAUAUCCCAGGAAAAAGAAUUCCGUGGAGUCCGUUGUUUGAGCUUGAUCUAUUUCCAACCCCUCAAAAUACGCGUGGUUCUCGGCGCGGACUGGUGCUUGCACCUCCAUCCAACCCAUUGAUUGAUGUGUGGGACAAAGAUUUUAAAGAGUGGAGACUUAGGCUUCGGAAACUUAGGAAGACUUUGCCAGAUCAUAACCCAGCAAUCAUCUUGAGCCUCGAGCAUUUGAUAAAUCUACGUAAGCAAAGAAAGGAAAGCUGCUUAUACUUAUAUCGUCAACUCCUAGCUGCAAGGCUGAAGGAGAGCUGUCUCAAUAAUUACAAAAUAAUGGAGAUCUAUCUUGAAAUUGUAACGGAGCUUUUGUUGAGAAGGAAAUUUUUAGAUGCGACAUACCUUUCUCGAAGUUUGCGUGAAGCGAUCCAACAAUCACAACUGAGCUCUGAACAUCCCUUCUACAUUCGACUCUCCUACCUCGAAGCUUUUAUUUUGUACAAAAAUAGUCAGUUUGGAGAAGCCGAAUCAAUCAUUAGGUUAGUGAUACAAAAAUUCUUAAAUGACCAUAAUCUGGACCGCAGUCAUCAAAUGACAAGCGAUGCACUCAAGCUUCUCGCUGAGUUGAUCAGAUGCCAAAAUAAAAAUUCGUGUCCAGAAGCCGAGAAGAUAUAUAGAUACAGCAUUCAUCAAAUCAGUAAACAUGGCCGAAGCCUAGAUAAUACUUACUUCGACAGUAUGAACCAUUUGAUCUACGUUCUAUUGGGAGGCCAAAAGAUUGAAGAAGCUUACAGUCUAUGUAUUUACAUUAUGGAAUACGUGGAAUUAUCACUGGGUAAGAGGCAAUAUUGGUACUAUGAAUACCAAAAGCACCUAGGCUUUAUUCUUUUAUCCAGAGGCAUGAUAUCGGAAUCUAUCAAAGUCUUCCAAAUUAUAUUGCUCGAAACAGAUGAUUGCUAUUUGCAAGCCAGGACUCAUUAUAAUCUAGGCUAUAUUCUAGAGGAAUGUGGAAGUUUCAAGGAAGCGAUGGUCAUGUAUAAGAGAUGUCUCUUGAUUAGGGUUAGAAACGAAGGUUGGGGUAGUUGGACGGAUUGGAAAACAACUUGUGACAGGCCAGGUCUUUGUUAUGAAGAGUUAUCGCAGUUCCAGGAUGCAUUGUUCCUGUAUAAAAACUUGCGAGAAAAGAUAAAGAAUGUCAUUGGAGACCAUCCAUUUAUCAAGGAAGUCGAGGGUUGGAUUUCUACGAUACAAGAGCGGAUGGAAGAAAGCUGUGCUGUUAGUGAGGAAUUGGAUUCUCCGUAUGAGGUCCAACAGGGAGGGGUUGAUGAUUUGGUGCACAAACAUUUUAGCGAGGGUGUAAUAGAUGACGUGAGCUUGAGAGAGGUAUUCGAGAUAGAAGACAGAGGGCUGGAUAAACGGAUUGCCGACAUAGGUAAACAGAUUGGUUCAAUAAAGCUUUCCUAAAGUACACAGAGGAGAUACAGGGUUAUCUCUUAGUGGUUAUAAUAGGAUAGUUCGAAUUCA